GUGAGCACAAGGCGAUAAUCGAACGAGUGUGGAGAAGAGUGUGCGAAGGAAUCGUCGUAUGUAGCUUGAGACGGCGUGAAUCGCCAUAUAUUUAUCUCGAAGAACGACUAGUCGACAAGGGUCGAUGUUAAAAUUUUAGUUUUAAAAAUUAAACAAGUCGAGCAGCAUUUAUAAAUUUAUUCUUUCAUUCGUUUGCUAGUGUCAAUUGUUUUCGUAUAUGGCUUCAGUCGAAGAAGUGGAUCAAUUGGAUAGCGGUAUGGGUAGUAGCGACGCACGUUCUCCCGAAGUGAAAUCGCUUCUGCCCGAUGAUGAAGACGACGAAGAGGAUGAGAGCUUGGCAGAACGAUUGUUAGGUCUGACUGAAAUGUUUCCGGAAGAAGUACGUAAUUUUGGAUAUAACGUUGGUACUUGUUUGUGCAAUUGCAUGAAAGGGUUAUAUACGUUUUCCUGUUCAGCCGCAUGGUUGUUCUUCAGUUCGUCAGCUAUUUUGUUCGCACCAAUAUUAUUCGAGAUAGAACGAGUGCAGUUGGAAGAAGCACAGCGCACGCAACAGAAACAAGUCUUGUUAGGACCAAGCAAAGCCAUGUCGAAUGUCAAUGCUUCGAGUCUUCCAAUGGCUCCACCGGUACAGCGAUAAUAACGAUAUAAAAAUCGUUGCAUUUGAAUUACCACGCGUGAACCCCCAGCCCUGUUCACAAUUUGUAUUUAUUAGCAUAAUUCCACCCUGUUGUUAUUUUUCAUCGAUUCUUGUACACGUAUGUAGACCGUUAUAGUAUCACGUAUUAGGAAACCCUAAGGAAAUUCAAAAUUCGAAAUAAAAAUUUAGAUUUCAACAAGUAACGGACACUUUGUAUGCUCGCGUGUCACUGCAUUUAAAGAAAUCAUCUUUAUUUUAUCUGCUGCGAAGCAGGUGAAAAACAAUUUUAAUACUUUAAUACAUGUAAUCUGUUCUCAUAAAAAAAAAAGAAAUUAUUUUGUUGUGUUUGUAAUAUGCGAAAACCAAUAUACAUAAGUUAUUGUAAUAUAUAUCGAACGGAAUUAACAUCGAAUCUGGUAAUCGCUGUGUAUUCCUUAUUAAACAAAUAAAUACUAAUGCGUACGAAAGUUUAAAAUUGUUAUAAAGUAUAGUACUAGUUACGUAUUCCUAUGUUGCGUGUACUUUACCUACAUUUACCCAAGUUAUACGAAAAUUAUUGCAUCGUUGUUCUCGACAUAUAGUUGAACAUUUAAGCAAACGAUUGGAAUUAGGUUUUUCGUCCAAUUAUCUCGUUAGUAGUAAAAAUAUAUUUAUUCGCUUAUUCAUUUAUUUUGUGGUGUAAAACGGAAAGGCUAGAUAUUCGAAAGAAAAUAAAGAUAUUCAUCCUUUGUCACAACUUA